CAACACUUUACUCCGGCAUUACUUUGGCUUUCCUCUCCUGUGGUCCCAUCAUCUCAUGUCAUCACGUUCGCCUGUCGACACUGUGGUACCUGUAAGGUAGAGGAGAAGAUGCAUCGCCUUCCACGAGCCCUCACUCUCCGCCACCAGCAGCAACAGCAACUCGCGGAGAGUGUCUGGCGACACGCGACCACCACCGCUUCGAGGCGCUGCGCAUCACGACUUCCGCGAAGCCGCCCCGUCUCGCAGAUAGCCCACAUGCGGAGUGGUGAGUCAGUGCGCUUUCAGGCAGUUCGCUUCAAGAAACCCGGCUUCGGAAAGAGGCAACUGAUCACCAUCGCCCUCUACGGCGGUACUUUCUAUGUGUACUGGCGCAUGAUUUCGAAGUACCUCGGCAUCGAGAUAGAGGAAUUGGAGGAACUAGACGAUGGUGCUGAUGAGGAGGGCGGCGAGGAAGUGGAGGAGGACGACGACGGCUAUGCUCAUCCCGACUCGACCUUCAUCCCUCUGACCUGGCCAACGAAACUCCCUCGCACUUUCUACAGAGGCUCAGAUCCCGAAUGGCAGGAGUUUAUUAAAGUCGCCAAAGACCAGCCUCGACAUACCAGAAUACAAAAUGAGCUGGUGCAGCUGGUGUAUAGAGAGAGUAUCAAGCAUCCCGGUGUCGCGAGACAGCUGGGAAAGGACACGAAGGUUGGGAAAUGGUGGCUCGAUAUAUCAUUCCCAGAUGGUCCACCGCAAGAGUAUGAGAGGAGUGGCAUCGAGAUCUCGGACACGUACAUCGCCUGGAGUCAACAACGAAUGAGCCCUGAAAAUCAUUUUCGCAUGGUAAGAGCGCUGUGGCCCAAGGCGGCCUUCGACUCCCUAUACGCAACUGGGAGAGUGCUAGCUGGAAUCAACUAUCGGAGAAUGAAACAAGCUCUUGGCUGGGAGGGAAAGGACCCGUUCAGCCCAGAGGAGAGGAUGAGACUUGCCAUUGAGACGCACAACAAGCGGCAUCACCCCAACGAAAGCAGUCGGAAACAAGUUGGGCAAGGGCAGCUGGAGCCAAAUGCAAGUCCGGACGCUGUCAGUGGCAGCGGAGUGAUUGACCCUGCCAAGUCUACGAGCGACGAAGAAAAGAAACUGAGAUCAUGGAUGGUCGAUGUGCCCAUGCCUUCGGGCGAUCAGAACUCGCUGGACGUACCUAUCGCCAUGAUUGUCAUGCAGAACACCCUCAGGAAGCAGUGGAAUCCAAAGAAUAUGGAACCUCCGCGGGGAACGUUCGUGGUGCAUGGGAUGGUCGAGGUCAGAGGGCAACGCGGCAGAAUGAAGUUUGAUGUACGGUCUUGCUAUGAUCCAAAGGCGGGUAAGUUCACGAGUGUGAAUGCCAACGUGCGGAGCUUCAAGCUUGUCAAACAGGCGCCGAGAGGAGGGCCGUGAAGGGAAUUCAAGAGGCAUCGUUUCGGUAUGAAUUUGCAGCGUUUGAGCGUUUGAGCGAUAAGCUUUACAGAUGAGCGAUGCAUAGCACUGGGGGGCUCUGUUUGAAAUGAUUGCCCGCUAUCAAUGUGCAUGGAGCUGGCUAUAGACUGUGAAUCCCUUUUCAACAUCUCCGUGCCCUUUCGAUCAGGUUGUUGUUGUCCGCUGUCCGUGCCAAAGCCUUGUUGGGCUGGGAGCAUAGCUGCUCGGUGAGACUUCUCCCGAGCCCGGAAGUCCAGUAGGUACAGGUCCUCGAUCGAUCCAGAUUUCAACUAAGAAUCAACUCACUCACUCCCUAGGAGGUACUAGUGGUACUUAUGCUCUGCUGCUAUC